AGCAAAUUCUGUGAGGAAUGGCAACGUCGAGGGUCCUGAGAAGGUUCCCGUUGAACUUGAACAUCGGGACCGAUCUUUGUCAUGUUGUGAGAAUUCGGCAGAUCCUGAACUCAACAAGGGCCACACGGUUCAUCGAGAGGAUCCUGAAUCAAGAUGAAAGACGCCAUCAUAAGGUCCAGCCACUCCUGAGGAAGCAGACCGUACCGCCGCCUCCAGCCCAUGACACCGCUCCUUUGAUCUCGCGCCAAGAGUCGAGCCCGCACAAGCGCGCGGCAGACCAAGCGGCAGACGUUGCAUGCUCCAUUGGCCCCAGCGUUCACGACCUUCAGCUCGCUGCUACCUUUAUGGCAGGCAGAUUCGCCGCCAAGGAGGCCGUUAUCAAGGCUCAUCCGCACAAGGCGCUCACCUGGCAUGAUAUCACCAUCAGGAACCAAACCUCGGUGCACCCAGACAGGCAAAGCGCCCCAAUUGCCAUCAUAAGAGGCGAGCUGGAGGAUCAGGAAGCGCUUAUCAGCAUCAGUCAUGAUGGCGAUUACGCUACGGCCGUUUGCCUCGCGACUUGGAACUGAGACAUGAGCGCAUAUGCCCGCUUCGCCGUACCGCCGACGCUUGGCUUCGAGGUUGCAUCUUCGAGCAACCGGAGUUGGCUGGGAUGAGGUCCCACGAUUACUCUGUCGGUCUGUCGUCGGCGGCAGCAGCCGGUGCCAGCAUAUACGCGAAAAGUGAUCUACUCUGGGGUGGAAUGGAGCUGAUUGAGAUAUGAGCCCACCCGCGCGAGCUUUUACAUCAUUUUCGGAGAUGAUCCGGUCUGAAACGAAAGGUCAGCAUACUUCAUAUGCACAGCGCAAGCCCAACGGCCCUGAGAUAGCCUUGGAAAUUUCCGAACACUGGCAGCCAUCUGCAGCUGCCGUCGUUGCAUUCGUGCCGUCCGCCUCGUAUUGGCCUCCAGAGAAUUAUCAAACGUUACACAACAUGAAUGCAGAGGGCAGCUGACUCGUCCCCGCAGAAGCAGUGUGGCCUUGUGUGAAUACGAGGAGCAAGCACAGCGCAAUGCAAUAUAUGCCUAAUUGGGCCCG